UGGAGAUUUCCAUAAAAAGUCUCCGACUUACAGUUUUUUUUUCCGGUUGGUGUUCAGUUCGUUCCAUCUGCCGAAAUCUUUCUUCCAAUCAUUAACUACUGCAAAUCUUGGUCUCUCUCUCUCUCUCACACACACACACACUCUACGUCCCAACUCAAAUCCAGCUCUUCCUUCCUCCAAAUUUGUACGUAUAAAUAAAUAUGCAUUCCUAUAUACUCCCUGUAUCCAAUCCCAACACCCCUCCAUCCGCCCCCGCGACCUCCUCAUCUUCGUCCUCUCCGAUGAUCAAAUCAGCCACAAUGCUGAUCAGAUCAGAAGAUGAUUUGGGCGCAGCGGCCACCAGGAUUUUCAUGCCUCCGUCUCUUGAGGAGGACAAGAAGAACGAAAAGAGACCCUUAAUUUCAAGAACCUUGAGUUACACGGACGCUCCCCUCGCCGGCGUUAAUUCUAAUGCGUAUCACCAGAAGAGGCGCCGCCGCGUCUCCAGUGAUAACUCCCUUCUGACUCUUUGUCCUGACCCCCGGCAGCCUUUCGGGAAAGACGUGGGAAGAGCUGCGGCUGAUACUUAUUUGAUUACUCGCCUUAGCUUUAAGUUGUUGGGGUAUCUUGGGGUAGGUUACAGAUGGAUCACCAGAUUUCUUGCCCUAGGCUGUUAUUCUUUCCUUCUUUUUCCUGGUUUUCUUCAAGUUGGAUAUUAUUACUUCUUCUCUAAGCAAAUACGUAGAGGUAUAGUCUACGGAGACCAACCCAGAAAUAGGCUUGAUCUGUAUUUGCCAAGAAAUAUUGAGGGACCAAAGCCAGUUGUUGCAUUUGUAACAGGUGGAGCCUGGAUUAUUGGUUAUAAAGCCUGGGGUUCUCUUCUAGGACAACAGUUAUCAGAAAGAGAUGUUAUAGUAGCUUGUAUAGAUUACAGGAACUUUCCUCAGGGAACCAUUAGUGAUAUGGUCAAAGAUGCUUCUCAAGGUAUAUCAUUUGUGUGCAAUCAUAUUGCUGAAUAUGGAGGGGAUCCUAACAGAAUAUACCUUAUGGGGCAGUCAGCUGGUGCCCAUAUUGCUGCUUGUGCUCUAUUAGAUCAGGCAAUCAAAGAGGCUGGGGGAGAGAAGAGUACCUGGAGUGUGUCUCAAAUCAAAGCUUAUUUUGGUUUAUCUGGAGGGUACAAUUUUUUGAACCUGAUCAAUCAUUUUCAUAGUCGAGGUUUAUACCGCUCAAUUUUUCUAGGCAUAAUGGAGGGGGAAGAAUCUCUACGAAGACAUUCUCCAGAAUUAAUGAUGCAGGAUCCAAACAAUAGAGGUGCAGCUUCACUGCUACCUCCUAUAAUCCUUUUCCAUGGAACUGCAGACUAUUCAAUUCCCUCCGAUUCCAGCAAAAGUUUUGCUGAGACUCUUCGGAGCUUGGGAGUUCAAGCUGAAUCGGUUCUAUAUGAAGGAAAGACGCACACAGAUUUGUUCCUUCAGGUACCUGGCUGGCAUGGAUCUGUUCUCCUUAUGUCAUGUAGCUUCCCUACAUGGUCCUAUUCACUGAGACACAACAUAAACAUAACCAGGACUUUUUCUGUAAUAACAUCGUCAUCUGAUGGAUCCGAUGAGAGGUGGCAAAGAUGAUAUGUUCGAAGAUGUGAUUGCCAUAAUUCAUGCUGGUGACUCGGAAGCUCGGGCGAGGGAUGCUACAGCACCUCCAAGAAGACGCCUAGUCCCUGAAUUUAUGUUGAAGUUGGCUCGCAGUGUCAGCCCAUUCUAAUCAUUCUUAUCAAUCUCCUAGCUGGAACUACGGAUGACUACUUAUAUUGUUAGAAAUGUUGUGUAUAUAUCAUCUGUCGCGUAAGUAAACUAUUCAUUUGGGCAUUCUUGGGAUUGGAUGCUGUGUAGUACUUAGACACAAAGUAUCAAGAAGACUCUGGAUUUAUUCCAUUCAAUUGGAACAAUGUGAUCCAGUAGGCAGUUGAAACACCAUGCUAAAUUGUGAUUUCCAGGAGUAGAUUCCUAGAGUUGUCAUAAAUCAGUUUUUAUCAUUCUGUUUUACCAACUUGAGCCACACUAAGUAUGGCAAAAAAUUGAUACUGUUUUGCAGGAUUUGUUCAAAA